AUGAAAAAUCGAUUUCGAAAGACUCAUACCAUCAUAGAUCAAAUUGACGGGAUCAAAGAAAUAGAUGACUCAACACUUAAGAAUCAAAGAAAUAUUCUGAUUACUAUUAUCAUCUAACAUCUAUUUGUACUAUGGACAUGCAUCUAUGGAUAUACAUAUAUCUAUUAGAUGUAUUUAGAAUUAUAUUUAAAGUAUAAGAUAACCACAUUGGUUGUGAUAAUAGUUAUACUUUUAAAUUCGGAUCUCUUUAAACACAAACUCAAAAAAUAGCCAUUCAGUUUAAUUCUCUAUGUAUCAUUUACAUUGAGUUUGAGCUUUCUAUUUGUCAUUUAUGACUCAAAUAAGGAUGUGUAACUAUUGUUAUAUUCUAAUAUUUUUCCGAUAUUAGGAUUAAUAGUAUGUUCUAUAUUUUAAGAGAAUGAAUUUGAAUACUCAAGUGCUUUCACCUGGGUCUUAUUCUCACAAAUGACUUUCAUUUCCUGCGUUAUCUUUUUAAUGGGUACAGCUUUUGAGAAUGCCUUAAUAUGUUCAAGUAUAUCGUUUGCGUAUGUCUGUAUACUCGUUUACUAGUUUAAAGUAUGA